AUGAACGACUCUUUCACCAGAUCACCCAAGGUGGUCCUGGACCACUUCAAAGUCGACGCCAACAAGGGUCUCAACGACAGCCAGGUCGCCGCCGGUCUGGAGCAAUAUGGCAAAAACGAGCUCCCCGAGGAAGAACCCACCCCUCUGUGGGAGAUGAUUCUGGAGCAGUUCAAGGAUCAGCUCGUCAUUAUCCUUCUUGUUGCCGCCGCCGUCUCCCUCGUCCUCGCCAUAUUGGAGGAGGACGACUCGGGCACUGCCUUUGUCGAACCUAUUGUUAUUCUCUUGAUCCUCAUCGCCAACGCUGCCGUCGGUGUCAUCCAGGAAUCGAACGCUGAAAAGGCCAUUGAGGCCCUGAAGGAGUACUCGCCCCAUGAGGCCAAGGUCCUCCGCAAUGGAUCGGUUGCCAAGGUUCACGCCACCGAGAUUGUUCCCGGUGAUAUUAUUGAGGUUGCCGUCGGUGACAAGAUCCCCGCCGAUUGCCGUGUUCUCGAGAUUCCCUCCUCCAACUUCCGUGUCGAUCAGGCUCUCUUGACCGGCGAGUCCGUCUCUGUCAACAAGGUCACCGACAUUGUCUCCGACCACCGCGCCGUCAAGCAAGAUCAGAUCAACAUGCUCUUCUCUGGAACUACCGUCGUCCUCGGAAAGGCAAAGGCCAUCGUUGUCCAGACCGGAACCGAGACUGCCAUUGGUGACAUCCACAAGUCGAUUACUUCCCAGGAAUCCGAGAAGACCCCUCUCAAGCGCAAGCUCGACGAGUUUGGUGACAGUCUCGCAAAGGUCAUCUCCGUCAUCUGUAUCCUCGUCUGGUUGGUUAACAUCCGUCACUUCAACGACCCCUCUCACCAGGGCUGGCUCAAGGGUGCCAUCUACUACUUCAAGAUCGCCGUCGCUUUGGCCGUUGCUGCCAUUCCCGAGGGUCUCUCUGUUGUCAUUACCACCUGCCUUGCUCUCGGAACCAAGAAGAUGGCCAAAAAGAACGCCAUUGUCCGCUCCCUUCCCUCGGUCGAGACUCUUGGCUGCACCAGUGUUAUUUGCUCCGACAAGACCGGUACCUUGACCACCAACCAGAUGAGCGUCGCUCGCGUCUUGGUUAUCGACAACAACGCCGGAAAGGUCGCCGAGUACCAGGUUCAGGGAUCCAGCUUCAGCCCUAUUGGUGACAUUUUGAACGCGGACGGCAAGACCAUCUCUUCCCUCUCGACUGUUUCCCAGACUUUGAAUGACGUCGCCCAGAUCUGCGCCAUCUGCAACCACUCGACCAUCGCCUACAACUCGGAGAACGACACCUACAUCAACGUUGGAGAGCCCACUGAGGCCGCCUUGAAGGUCUUGGUCGAGAAGAUGGGAACUGAUGAUGCUGCCACCAAUGUCUCUUUGGAUAACCUCUCUCCCUCGAAGCGUGUCGAUGCCUGCAACCAAUACUACGCCGAACGCGUCAAGACGUUGGCCACCCUCGAUUUCUCUCGUGAUCGCAAGUCGAUGAGUGUUUUGGUUGCCAAGACUGCCUCUGACCGCCGUACCCGCUCAGGUGCCACCGGUGCCGCUUCUGCCUCUCUUCUUGUCAAGGGUGCCCCCGAGUCCAUCUUGGAGCGCUGCACCUCUGUUCGUCUGUCUGCCGCCGGUGAGGUUGUCCCCUUGACCGCUGCUAUCCGUGCCACCAUCUUGGAGCGUGUUUUGGAUUAUGGCGAGGGCCAGGCCCUCCGCUGUCUCGGUCUCGCCGUUGUCGAGAACAAGUCCGCCAACCUGUCUGACUACAACCUCAAGGAGCCCGAGAACUUCCACUUGUAUGAGAAGGACAUGACCUUUAUCGGUCUCGUUGCCAUGUUGGACCCCCCUCGCCCCGAAGUUGCUGCCGCCAUUGCCAAGUGCAAGACUGCUGGUAUCCGCGUCAUUGUCAUUACCGGAGAUAACAAGAACACUGCCGAGUCGAUCUGCCGCAAGAUUGGUGUCUUCUCCAAGCACGAGGAUCUUACUGGAAAGAGUUACACUGGACGCGAGUUUGACGAUUUAAGCGAGAAGGAGCAGCGUUUGGCCGUUAGCCGUGCGUCCCUCUUCUCCCGUACCGAGCCCACCCACAAGAGCAAGUUGGUCGACCUUUUGCAAUCCAUGGGUGAGGUUGUUGCUAUGACUGGUGACGGUGUCAACGAUGCCCCCGCUCUCAAGAAGGCUGACAUUGGUAUUGCUAUGGGAUCUGGAACUGACGUUGCCAAGUUGGCCGCCGACAUGAUUCUUGCUGACGACAACUUUGCCAGUAUCGAGGCCGCCGUCGAGGAGGGUCGCUCGAUCUACAACAACACCAAGCAGUUCAUCCGUUACUUGAUCAGUUCCAACAUUGGAGAGGUCGUCUCGAUCUUCUUGACUGUCCUCCUCGGUAUGCCCGAGGCCCUGAUUCCCGUCCAGCUUCUCUGGGUCAACUUGGUUACCGAUGGUCUUCCUGCUACCGCUCUUGGCUUCAACCCUCCCGAUAACGAAAUCAUGCGUCAGCCCCCACGCAACUCGCGUGAGCCCCUUGUCGGUGGUUGGUUGUUCUUCCGUUACAUGAUCGUUGGUAUCUACGUCGGAGCUGCUACCGUCUUUGGUUAUGCCUGGUGGUUUAUGUUCUACUCUCAGGGUCCCCAGAUCAGUUUCUACCAUUUGUCGAACUUCCACCAAUGCAGCGCCCUCUUCCCCGAAAUUGGUUGCCAGAUGUUCACCGACUUUAUGUCUAAGAAGGCCACCACCAUGUCGCUCUCGAUCCUGGUCACCAUUGAGAUGUUCAACGCCAUUAACUCUCUUUCUGAGAACGAGUCCUUGUUGACCCUCCCCCUCUGGAACAACAUGUACCUCGUUUUCAGCAUUAUCCUCUCUAUGGCCCUUCACUUUAUGAUCCUCUACGUUCCCUUCUUCUCCAACUUGUUCAUGAUUCUUCCCUUGAACGUUGAGGAGUGGAAGGCUGUUGUCUACAUCUCGCUUCCCGUCAUUUUCAUCGAUGAGAUCCUCAAGUUUAUCAGCAGGACCUUUAUCUCGCCUGCCGCCAAGAAAAUUAAGCAGGAUUAG